GUCUUAUCUCAUAUACAACUAACUAGUGUCGUAAGGUUAUAUUCUGAGAAAUUUGAGAAAAAAACAAUAGUUAAGUUUUAUAUUUUAUCUGUUAUACUUGUCCUCAAUUCUUCGUGAUCAUAAAUGAGGUGGAAAUUUUGUUUUGUUAUUAUUUGUGCCCUCCAUUUUGGGACCUCAUAUCCUUUUUAUAAUGAAUCGAAUAGACCACGUCAGAUUCCUAAUGUUAAAGCUCUAGAGUUUAUGAAAAGGUACGGUUAUCUCCAAAUGGAUACUGGCGAUUCGGAAGCCUUAUAUACGGAACAAGGUAUAUCUGAUAUAAUCAAAGUUAUGCAAAGAUAUGGUGGUAUCGAGGAAACAGGAAAAUUUGACAAAGAAACUGAGAAGCUCAUGUUAAUGCCCAGGUGUGGUGUCCCUGAUAUAAUCAAAGUGAAACGUCAGAAAAGAUACGUUCUUGGACCCGAAGGCUGGCAAAAGAGGAACAUUAGCUAUUUCUUAUCCAACUGGUCCCCAAGACUUGGUGAAAGUGUAGUUCAAAAAAGCAUCCAAAAAGCACUUGAUCAAUGGGGCGGAUAUGGCAGACUCACAUUUUAUAGAAAACAAUCCCCCGAUGCUGAUAUUAUUGUACAGUUUGGAAGUGGAAAUCACGGUGAUAAUUUUCCCUUUGAUGGUCCUGGCAGUAUAUUAGCUCAUGCGUUUUUUCCUCAAGAAGACGAUGGUCUUGGUGGGGAUAUACAUUUUGAUGCUGACGAAAACUGGAUCGAUACUGAAAAAUCUGUCAACGAAUAUGGAACGGAUUUUUAUGUCGUUGCUCUUCAUGAAUUAGGCCAUUCAUUAGGUUUGCAGCAUUCACCAGUAAAAAGCUCCAUUAUGUUUCCAUAUUAUCAAGAUCCUGAUGAAAACGGCGAAAUUCGGUUAGGAUAUGAUGAUAUCUUGGGAAUGUAUGAAUUGUAUAUACGAAGAUCGCUAAAAUCAGAUUUACCAGUACUAACAACUAAAAAUACUAAUGGGUAUACCACAUCUUCAACUGAUGCCACUACAACAGAUGGUUUUAGAGAAUGGUUUACCACUGAAAAAGAAGAAACAUAUAGUGAAAGGUCCAAGGAAACUACUGGAUCCACUAAAACGACUAGUUAUAAAGAUUAUUCAAUAGAAACUUCAACAGUCAAAUAUUCAACUAUCAGAUAUGAAGGUGAUUAUGAAACUGUUGAGGAACACAAAAAUCAUGAUAGGAAAAACCCUACAAGCGCACCAAGAAUUCCAGAUAUUUGUGACGGUCGUGUAGACGCUAUAGCUACGUUGAGAGAUGAACUAUUUGUCUUCAGUGAAAAGUACGUAUGGCGGUUUAGAGAUAGAGGAAUCUUAGUGAAAGGAUACCCUAUUCCAUUGAAUCAAAUGUUUCCGACAUUACCAGAAACAGUAAAAAAAAUUGAUGCAGCAUAUCAACGGCCAGAUGGAUCAAUCCUAUUAUUUACAGGUGACAAAUUUUGGAUCUACGACGGUAGACAUUUCUCGAGUAGAAGUCCAGAACCGCUCACACAUUUAGGCCUUCCUGAAUAUGUUUACGAGCUUAACGCUGUCCAAAAUUGGAAAAGAAAUAGAAAAACAUAUUUUUAUUCAAUGGAUAGAUUUUGGAGGUAUAAUGAAACUUCACAUACCAUGGAUCCGGGAUAUCCCCAACAUAUGCGAGCAUGGAGAGGAGUUCCUUCGCAUUUGGAUGCAGCAAUCACCUGGAAAGACGAUUUCACGUAUUUCUUCAGAGGAGGAUUAUUUUGGAAAUUCGAUAAUAACUGGAUAAUGAUAACGGAAGAAUCUCCAAUGCCAGCACCGACAUAUUGGUUUGGCUGCCCAGAAAAAAAUAAUGUUAUUAUGAGCUGGUUCCUAGCACAACCGUAAGAUAGUUAUGCUUAAGAAUAAAUAUGCGAGUAACACAGAGUCUCAAUUAAGUAUGUGUUCACAUAAAUAUGUCUCAUUUGAUUAAAGACGACAAAGUAAUGCUUUUUAGUAAUUAUACACUUAAAGAUAUAGAAUUUUUAAAUCCAUUUACUAAAUUUAUCAAAAAUAAAGUAGGUGUACACUUUUAUUUAUGAUUCACAAGUUAAUAAAUUGAAGUUAAGAAUGAAAAA